GAUUCUUAGACAGCAUAGUUUGUUGCUUGCAAUGUAAGUCUGCUCACACUGGUGUGAACUGAGAUGUUGAUGUAGCUACGAAGGCAUUGGAACACCCAUAGAACGAGACCACUGGCUUGAUCUGUAGCAAAUUCAUCCCCACCUAAGCCUCCAGAGAUUAAGAUUUCUUCAGCAGCUCACAUCAAAAUUGCAGAAACUACAUGCCGAACAGUGAGUUGGGUUGUUGAGAGGACAUGCUGAUGAACUAGUCUCGACGUCGGACAGACGGGCAGACGUGAUGAGAGGACUCACAAGCGUUUUCUGGUGAAUGGAUCAGGGUGAGCAGUGAUGAUGCGUUGCCUGGCAGCCCGAGUCCACUACAAGACCCUAAUCGUGAUCUGCACCCUGCUCACGCUCGUCACCAUCCUGCUUUGGAACAAAUGCUCCAGCGACAAGGCGCUGCGCUUCCUGCCCAGGCCUCAGCCCGCCCCCAGCCCCAAGGGGGACGGCGGCGGUCUGCUGCUGCAGCAACAGCAGCCUCCGCAGCCUCCCGAGCCCCCGCCCGUGGUGGGAGGAGUGAAGUACGAGGAGAUUGACUGCCUCGUUAACGAUGACACCACCAUCAAGGGCCGACGGGAGGGCAGCGACGUCUACCUGCCCUUCAGCUGGAUGGAGAAGUAUUUCGAGGUGUACGGCAAGGUGGUGCAGUACGACGGCUACGACCGCUUCGAGUUCUCGCACAGCUACUCCAAGGUGUAUGCCCAGCGCGAGCCCUACCACCCCAGCGGAGUCUUCAUGUCCUUCGAAGGCUACAACGUGGAGGUCCGGGAUCGUGUCAAGUGCAUCAGCGGAGUGGAAGGAGUACCCCUGUCCACGCAGUGGGGGCCGCAGGGCUACUUCUACGCCAUCCAGAUAGCGCAGUACGGCCUGAGCCACUACAGUAAGAACCUGACGGAGCGGCCGCCGCACGUGGAGGUAUACGACACGGCGGAGGAGCGCGACAGCCGCCCCAGCGCCUGGACCGUCCCCAAGGGCUGCUCCCUCGGCAAGGUCUACGACAAGACGCGUGGCUCUUCGGUCCGGCAGUUCAGCGCGCCAGAGAAUUCUGAGGGUGUCUCUCUUCCACUGGGAAACACAAAGGACUUCAUCAUCUCAUUCGACUUGAAGUUUGUGUCCAAUGGGAGUGUUUCCGUCGUCCUAGAAACCACGGAGAAGGGGCCUCCAUUUGUCAUUCACUACGUCACCACCUCCCAGCUCAUAGCCUUCAAGGACAGGGACAUAACCUACGGCAUCGGUCCUCGCACUGCCUGGACCACAGUGACCCGCGAUCUUUUGACCGACCUGCGCAAGGGCCUGGGCUUGUCCAACACGAAAGCGGUCAAGGCCACCAAGACCAUGCCCCGCCGCGUGGUGAAGCUUGUGCUCCGCGGGCGCGGGGCCAUUGACAACAUCACCAUCUCCACCACUUCGCACAUGGCUGCUUUCUUCGCCGCCAGCGACUGGCUGGUAAGGAACCAGGACGAGCGGGGAGGCUGGCCCAUCAUGGUGACCCGCAAGCUGGGCGAGGGCUUCCGCGCGCUGGAGCCCGGCUGGUACUCAGCCAUGGCGCAGGGCCAGGCCAUGUCCACGCUGGUGCGCGCCUACCUGCUCACCAAGGACGAGGUGUACCUGAAGGGGGCCCUGCGCGCCACGGGGCCCUACCGCAUGCCCUCGGAGCAGCACGGCGUCAAGGCCGUGUUCAUGAACAAGUACGACUGGUACGAGGAGUACCCCACCACGCCCAGCUCUUUCGUCCUCAACGGCUUCAUCUACUCGCUGCUCGGCCUGUUUGACUUGGCCGACACGGCGGGGGAAAAGCUGGGCAGGGACGCCGGGCAGCUCUUCAGCAAGGGCAUGGAGUCCCUGAAGGCCAUGCUGCCCCUCUAUGACACGGGUUCCGGCACCAUCUAUGACCUUCGCCACUUUAUGCUGGGCUCGGCCCCUAACCUGGCCCGCUGGGACUACCACACAACGCACAUCAACCAGCUCCAGCUGCUGGGCACCAUAGACAACUCGCCCAUUUUUAGGGACUUCAUCAAGCGCUGGAAAAGCUACCUAAAGGGAGGAAGGGCCAAGCACAACUAGAGCUGCUCACCAAAACCCACCUGGGGGGGGACUGGGGGCAGUAUGCCGACCUGCCAGCCAUUCGGUGAGACGGUGCUGGAGAAGGAACACGGUGUUCUGGCAAGAAAAUGGUGUUGCCGUUUCCAGCCUAGAGAAGUUACUGAACUCUCUUAUAGUGUGCAGUUUUCUUUUCUGAAACUGUAAUUGCUGUUCCUAUCUUUGCUGUGAUGGAGAUAAUGCAUACAAAAAAUGUGGCUUCCAGCAGUUUGCCAUUUCUUGAUGGGUCAGGUUGAGGAUAAUUUUAUUUAUGAGUCUACAUAAGAAAUCUUCAGGCCUGGAAUACGUGUAGUGAGUUUUUAACUCCAGAAAGUUGAAGUUGAAAGUAAGCAUAAGAAUCAUUUAUUAUUAGUGAGCUAAAACCAAACUAAUUAACAUGAGUAAUUAUGGAUAUAACCGAGCAAAUUCUCUAUUAUGACGAACCCCAUCAAAAGUAUCAAAAAAAGAUAACCUUUUGCGUGUGAUAAGAUUGCCUUUUGUAUGAAAAAAGAUUUUGUUUACACCAACUGAAGAGAGGUCCCUGGUUUAGAAAUUCAAAUGUAAAUUUUGGGUGAUCCUUGGUUAACAGUGUAUUGACCUGAGUGGUGUUCCUGCUCAGAAGUGGGAACAGAAAACCGAUUGCCUUCCCAUUCCUUCCCAUGCACUAGCUCGCUCCCUGAAGAGGCUAGUCCUUGAUCGGAAUGGCUAGACCCUCCAUAACACGGCCCCCCUGUUGAGUAGAACCUCACCACAAUCACAUUGUGUCUGUUUUAAUGCUGCAGAGACCAGGGCCAUAAUCCAGUUAGGGUUUUGGUGCGAUGUUCUCAGGUUAGUGGGAUGGUGUUUUUCUAAAAUGGUGCAUUUGCGUGGAGCUCAGACAAUGCCUAAGGCUUUGCCCACAACCGGCUGUCAGUACAAGCUCCUUCUCAAAGGCAGGAAAUUGUGGCUUUGAAAAUAAAUAAAAAAAGACUAAAUCUGCCCUCUUUAGUUGAAGUAGGAGGAGCUUGCUGCAGACCAAGACAACAAAGGGAAAGGAUUAGCACAUUCGGCCUCCACUCGCAUGGGAAUUGGAGAUGCAUGACUGUACAGUUGUGUUGUCCCUCUGCUGCCUCUUUGGUCAGUGGCAAAAGCAGACAAAUAUUAGAACAAGCUGAAAUUGAUUUGUUAUAUGUCAACGACAAACUUAAAGAAAAAAUAAUAAUCAACUCCGCAGUGAUGUUGUAAAGGCCUGUUCUGUUUUGAAGGUUGUAACUUCAAACCUCUUCUCAUCUUUGCUUCAAGUUGAAGACCUUUAGCACUUUACUUGUGUGAUAGUAAUGCCUUGUAUGAGUCUCUCGACACAUUUGUCCAAUCCUGUAGUGAAACCUGGAAGCUCAGUGGAUCUCAUAUGCCACUUUUGUUUGUUUUCCGUUUUGGACUCCCUGGCCUUUUUAUCCUUCCUAACGCAGAGGGAAAUAUAAGGGAAUUGUUUUGGAUGAAAAAUUAGCUUUGUUUAGCUUUGAUUCAUGAGAGCACUAGCUGUCCCUCGUCGAUCAUCAUUGGAACAAGAUGCUUUUGGCAGCUGGAACUCGGUGGUAGCCGACUGUUCUCCCUCUUUUGUCAGUUUGAAUUUGGAUUUGUUGAAUUAAUUUACUCUGUUAAGUUUGUUAAGAUACCUCACCAUUUAGAUUGCAUGGUGUGUGUAUGGGUGUGUCUGGGUGCGGUGUGUGUGAAUGCCUGUGUGUGUGUCUGGGUGAUUAAAACAACAGUACAGCCUCAAUUCAGUUGCUGGCGAAUACAACGAGCAAACAACCGCACUGCUGGUGUCAUUACAGUAGCCCAGAGGAUUGUCUGGACAUCACUGUUGGCUGAGAGGUUCCCUCAGACCCGGGGAGCCAAUGACAGCUGGUCUUUUCUUCAUCCCUUGUUUGUGACUGCUUAACCUGUUUAAUCUCUGGGCUUUGAUACUGCAUGUGAAUAAAUGAGGAGGUGGUGACUGUGGGGUUACCUCUAAUACCAUUGGUUAAUAGGACUGAGUACAGGAGAUUAGAGUGCAGUUAAGAUGCGUGGUCAUCUGUUCCCCUGUGCAGUCAUAGGAAUGUAAUAUUAGAGUCUGGUCAGAUGCUUGGCUUAAGGGUAGCAUUUAGUAUGCCGGUUGCUGUUUUCAAUUCCAUACACACCAACAGUCUUGGUUUUAAGAUUCAAGCGAGCAAGUUUUUAGUCUGUUUUGUUUGUUUCGUUUGUUUGUUUGUUUUUUCGCUUCAUCUUCUCAUAUAUCGUCAUUCCCUCUCAACACACUUAAGAACUAACGUUACCUUCUCAGUCUGGCGACUGGUCGAGAACCACACUGUGCCACUCCAUCAGAGAGUCUUGAGUUGCCAGACCCCCAGACUUGUUUUGUGCCUGAAUAAUUCAAAAGCUUUCCACUGGUUAGAAGAAUUUACCACGAUCUUCCACUCAUUCACUCACCCCACGUAGUCCUUGUCGUGCGCUAUUCCUUUUGGACUGUUCUCAGUCGACAGCUGUUGUUGUUUGAUGGAAGUCGAGGGAUUCCAGACGUGCAUUAUUUGUGUUCUUACAGUCCUGUGUAUACUGACGAGGGCGAGGCAGACUGGAAAGGAUCUUUGUGACGGGGGUCAUGUCGGUCCACCUCAGCUGUGACUGUAUCCCAGGCACAUGCCUCUGUCUGCUGUCUUGGACACCGAACUAUUCCGGAGCCUCUGAGAGUCCCACUGCAUUCUCUUCUCUGCGGUUGGAAAGGCACACCGUGAUGGGAUUGUCACGAUUCAGGCCAUUUGUUUUGCUCAUGACAUUGGGCACGAGGGGGAGCCUGAUAGCAUUCACAUUUUUAUUUUGUAUGUAUUUUCAUGACUAUUACUAUGCACAUUUGCCACAUAAUGGGACUAAACACUCAGUAUGUCUUUUUAAAGGGAAACUAAACAGUUACCACAAGGGACUGUACAGCUUACUUUUUUUUCCGUUUAUACCAAAGUCUUUAAAAGCCUGGCUAUUUCAUUUCACGUGUCAUUGUUUUUGUUUUUGUUUAUGUGCUGAUGGUGCCAUGGAGCAGUUGUUAGCGUUGACUCUUGGAAACGAGAGAUUGUAUGAUGACACUGAGUGAAGCGCUGAAACGUCCCAGAGUGGGAGCUUGCCUUUUCUGAAGAGUUUUUAGUUUUGACAUUCUAGAUUUUAUUUAGAGCAUGAAGGGAGAUGGGACAGCAUAUAUACAUAUAUAUAAAGAUAUAUAUAAAUUGAAUAUUUGAAAUAACAGCUGUUGUGUGCAACUUCACAGAUUGUGAUGGGACUGAAUUAAGCUUUGAAAAAGAAUUCUGGCGGCAUUAUUAUUUUUUGUGGAAUGGUGGUGGGCUUGUUCUUGUACCAGGACUUCUUGAACUAGUUACAGUAGGGUAGGGUAGCUUUUUUUUUCUUUUUUGGGUGAGCUGUCUAUCAAAGGGAACAGCGCUAAAGCACAACAUUAGUAUCUUACUCUCUUUUUUUCUAAUUUAUUCUCCUCCAUGUUUUAUUUCUGGACAAAGUGCAACGCCUUUCUUGGGAAGCUGCUAUUGUUGUUCACUGUGUAAUAGAGGAACGUCUGAUCAUCUUCAUGUCUCAUCAUGUCUUUCCUUUCCUCUGUCCUGUAAAUUGCCAUGUGUGUGUGACCCCAGCCACAUGUGACAUAUGCAAUAAAACGUUUACUGGGUUACUGUAGCAGCAGGCAUCCAGAGGUUGUACAAACUUUGCAAUCCAAGCACAAUGUGCACAUGUGACCAUUUUUAUGCAGGAAAAAAAAGACGUGUUUAUAUAAGAAUCUUUGUGCUUUAAAUUGCUUUUUAAGAAGUUGUAAAAUAAAGGCAUCUUUUCUUAA